CAUGACUUUUACCGGAAGGCGCAUGUCUAAGAGAAGAACGGACCAUAACCAUAAAAAACUUGUGAACAUAAAGCAUCUUAAAAGAUAUAAAACAUUGUUAUUGGAAGAUAAAAGACUAUUACAUUGGCAGGAUCAGGAUCACAGAUGAAAUAGUUGUGGUUGUUUGUACGAAUAAAUCGUAUUUGGGACAAAUAUAUGGGACAGAAAAGUGUGUGAUUUUUGUUUUUCAAGACUUUAGUAUGUCUAGUGAUUACUCAUCUAUUCAGUCAACUCCUUCGGGAACUCCACAUUUUAUUAGACUAGAACCCAAGCACUGUUGCAACUUUUGUAAAAAUGUUCUCCGAGACUCAAUGCAGACAGUAUGUGGUCACAGAAUAUGUAAAACUUGUGUUGAACCAUUGUUUGAUGAUAAAACAGAACCAAUAACGUGUCCAGCUGGUGAAGAAGAUUGUUCAGUUUUAUUCAAAAGUGAUAUAACUCAAGAUCCAAGUAGUCGCCGAGAAAUUAGAGACCUCCUCGUGUCAUGUGAAUUUGUGAGCUUUGGAUGCAUAGAUGAAAUAAAAUGGAAGGCGUUAUCUAAUCAUGUUCAGACUUGCAAGUAUCAACCAGUUACAUGUCCAAAUAGUGGCUGCAAUAAAAGAAUACCCCCGAAAGAAAAGAAAAUUCAUUUAAAGAAGUAUUGCGAGUACAAGCCCGAACAAUGCACGUUUUGUAAAAAGUUUGUUCCUUCAAAGCUCAUGCAGAGCCACAUAGAAGAUGAAUGCACAUCUGUUGUCAUGCUGUGUCCCUAUCAAUGCGGUAGCCUAAAAAUGACGAGAGUUGAGCUGAAUAAUCACAAGGAAAUAUGCCACAUGAAGCCUAGAGAAUGUCAGUAUAAAUGUGUUGGCUGCACGUUCAUGGGUACAGAUGAAGAGGUAAAAAAUCACUUAAUCAAUGACUUGAACGGACAUAUACAAUUAACAACUGAUUAUGCUAAAAAAUUGGGGGAUCAAACCUUGCAAUGUUCACGGGAACUCCAGGUAGUACAAUCAGAAAGAGAUCAGCUUCGUGCACAGGUUGAUAAUAUGAAAAAAGAAAUGACGCUGAUGAAAAACAAUUUUGAGAAGGCUAUGAAUUUAUGUAAGGAAUUAAAGUUAAAAAUGGUAUCAGUAACAGAGCGUGUAAUUCAUCUAGAGAAGCAACUAGAAAAUACUGCUAAGAAAGACAUUGUUGAACGUCAUGAUACAGAUGUUCGAACCAUGCAGGUAUCUCUGACACAGGUUAGGGCACAAGUUGUUCAACUUGAAAGAUUAUAUUUAAAUGAAGGAAGAUCAGGUCCGGGUGAAAUCUCAUCAGCUCCAGAGUUAAAGCGUAUAAUAGACAAGCAUGACAGCCAAUUUGCACAGUUGGAUGUUCAGAUGGCAGAGCUUGACCUGAGAUUUCAGAUCCUGGAGACAGCAAGCUACGAUGGUACACUAAUGUGGAAGUUGAGGGAUUAUGCUCGGAGAAAACAAGACGCAGUUCAAGGGAGAACACUCUCGUUGUACAGUCAGCCAUUUUACACCCACAGAUAUGGCUAUAAGAUGUGUGCUCGGGUAUAUCUUAACGGAGAUGGCAUGGGAAAAGGAAGUCACAUGAGUCUGUUCUUUGUUGUUAUGAGAGGUGAGUAUGAUAACCUGUUGCCAUGGCCGUUCCAGCAGAAGGUAACGAUGACACUUCUUGACCAGGAGACAGGACAGUGCAACCUUUCUGACUCGUUUAGACCAGAUCCAACCAGUAGCAGUUUUAGAAAACCAACAACAGACAUGAAUAUAGCUUCUGGAUGUCCACUAUUUGUAUCUCAUGCAAUUCUUGAAACACCUAAGUAUGUUAGAGAUGACACAAUAAUGAUCAAGUUUCAUGUUGAUCUGUUAAAUCUGAACCAUCCAUAAACACUUAAUGGUAAAUAACAUUACACAUUUUAAUAAAUAUUUGUUAAAACUAGGCGCUUUAAAAUUCAAUAUGACGGCCAUAUAAACAUAUCGAAUAUGGCUGUAUUGCUUAAGACAGUGUACACCGCACUUUGGAGUCAAACGCACUUUGUGGUCCGACCCCAAAGUGCGUUACGUACUUUAGGGUUCGACCCCAGAGUGCGUUAAGCACUUUUGGGUCCAAUUUUGACCCCAAAGUGCGUUUAACAGGUACAUAUGCAAUUUUUAACAUCAGACAAACGACCGCACUUUGGGGUGAAUAAAAAUUAAUUUUCAUUAUGUUUUAAAUGAUAUAUUGUAGUCAAAGCCAAUGGUAAACAAAAGUCAAUGUGUUAAAAUAGAGAAAAUAAGAAUUCCCAAAGAAAGUCCAACAUUGCACAAUUGCAAAUGUUGCAGGCUGGAUUUGAUUGAGCCUGUUCAUGGAUGGUACUGGAAAAUGCAAGUUACCGUCCACGCCCUAGCACCGGUUUAAGCAGAAUUUAACUUUUAACAUGAACUGGAACAAUUUUGAAUUUAGAAACAUCUGCGGAUGUGUUCAUGUGGCGGUUAUCAUGGAACCUUCAAUGUGACACGUAAGUGCCAUUCCAUCAAAAGCUGCAUAUGGUCCCCAAGUAAAAACAUACGUGUGCCCUUAACAAGAAAACAAUGGGCGGUACUAAAUAAAAUGGAAUUUUGAAAGGAAAUCAGAGGUUAUCAAGCCUGCAUAUCACCGAUAAGACGUCAAAAGACAAAUUUUAAAAGCAGGCCACAUGUCCUAGAAUUCAAGUGAGGAAUACUGGAACCACCCAGCAAGAAAAUAGCCGAAUAGAAAGAAUAAAGUUACCACAAGCACAGCACUAAUGUCGUGCUGAACGAUCUUUAAGGAUCGGAAGCAUAACAAUAAAGCAUAAUAUUGAAUAGACGCAAAACAUGUGCCCUGAAUUAUAAUAAAAUCAAUAUGGAAUUUGAACUAUCUAGAUCAGUUAGUGAAGAGCUUUCAUCAAGUAAAGAAUUUGUAUAAAUUAAUAAGCUCAAAAUAUAUUUUCUCACAUAUUCCAUUUAUUUUAAAUGAAUGUACACAUUUCAUUAACCUCAUUGUUUUUAGCCAAUUGCAUCAUUUCCCCGUGUUUUUUUAUUUAUACAUUUACAGAAAUAUGAUAUUCUUAGAAAAGGCAAAUAUAUAAAUCUUGGGAAAUCUAAAUAACACAUUUCAGUAAAAAAAUGUGCCUGAUAAAAUGUUGAAAGGGUCAUUUAUUUAGCUUAUCUAAAUUUGACAUUUAAGAAACUUGACUAGGUGUAGAUGCGGCCUUAAGUAGUAGUAGUCCGUACAGGCAGUAAAACUCUUUUAGUAGUCACACAUUUAGAGUGGAACUUCAUAAAAAUGUAAAAUUCUUAUUGAGGGGUCUAGAGGUGAUGGUUGGGUGCUUUUUAAUUUUGGUGUACUUCUAUAGAUUCCAAAAGUUACUCAUUGGCCAAUUACCUGAACCACCUUUUAAAUAUGUUGCUUUUUGGCAAUAAGAACAGUCAUACUAGUGAAUUAGUAUUUGAUAUGGAAGUACAAUACUACAUUGUUUACAUUUUGCUACUUCUAUAACAAAUUAUUUCACAUUAAUCACUAGUUUAUUCAGGUAACAAACAUCUUACAUUUCUCUGAUACCAUUAUUUAAACAUUAUAAAAUUCAUGUUUGCCUACUCUAAAGAAGUAUGAAAGAUUUCCCAUUAAAAAAGCCUCUGGCGAACGGUUGUAAGGCGGAGCUUACAAAAAAACUUAAGUUUGUUGAUAAGCUUAAUAGUAUUUGUAAAAAUCACUAUCUAUAAUCCGAUCGAGAAACUUGAUAUUUCACCAGAACAUUGCAACAGAGUAUAUUUAUAGUUCUUUGGAAAAAUAUUAACUGCAUUUUAUUUGAAUGUAUCAUAUUUGAAUAAUAUCAAGGUAUUAAGUAGACGCAAAAAAUGUGCCCUGAAUUAUAGUAGAAACAGUGAAGACUUUAAAUGAUCUUGAUCAGUUAGUGAAGAACUUUCAUAUUUAAAAUGGGGCUCAAUAUGGCACCCAUAUCAAGUAAAUGACUGACAGAACAUCAUAUUUUUUCGCAGCAUCUAUUAAUUUUAGAAAUACAAUUCAAAGUCAAUUUCUCGAUUUUGACCCCAAAGUGCGUGGGACCCCAAAGUAAGAUGCGAAGUGUGACGCACUUUGGGGUCGGACCUUAAAGUGCGUUUGACCCCAAAGUGCAGUAUUACAAGGCAGAUUUCUGUUUAUAAAAAUACAAAAAAAGUAUUAUGUUUGUUUAAUGAAAGUAAAUGAUAAAAUGGAUUGUAUGAAUGUUCAGUAUGUGUGUUAAGAUAUAUGUUAAAACUUUGAUUACCAUUUAAUCAUAUUUUAAAUGAUACAUGUUAUUCGAUUGAUAUGUGUAUGUAAUAUUUGUACAUAAUAUUAUAGUUUAUGAGAUCAUUAUUCAUGUACUGAGAAAUGGAAAAAAUAACUUUGAUUCUGAUUCUAAUAAAA